ACAGGAUUUGCGAGGACUCUAUUCUCUGCGCGUUGUGGAGUGUUCGAUCUAUAUAACUUCAAAUUUGCGAUUCAUUAGUGUAGCGCGCGUAAACCGGUACGUGAAUUAAUAACAGUGAAUUAGUGUUGUGUUAAUAAAUUAUAUUUAUAUGUUAUGUCAGUGCGGAUAAAAUAUGAAUAUAUCAGAAGCAGAAAUCAUAGGCGAUCUUGUUCAAAAACUGAUUAUUUCUCUGUGUGGAGAACAGAAAACAGAAUUAAUCAGAAAAUGGAUGCGAUUUGCUCUCGAAGUACUAGCGUCGUCUCAAGGAUUAGAGGUAUUGCAAGAAGACGAAAUCACUCUGGCUUGUCAUAUAAAAGACAAGUUGUCCCUUAAUGAUGCAGUGCAGUUUGACAAAUUAUUUCAUGAGUUAAAGGAUGGGCCACUGAGAAACAGAGCUCAAGUUCUUGUGUUUUUGAUGAGUAUGUGUGAAAGCACUGAUCGUCUAAAGAGAAAAAUAUUCUCCAUUCCUGACUUGAAAUUGGGCUUAAGCUCGUCUGCUGCAUCUUCCGCUGCUCCAACGCCAGACGUGCAUGUGCCAUCGCAAAUAGUGUCUAUGAGUAACACAGAAAGAAGUACGAGGGAUUUAUUGGCGAGACCUAAUAAAAUACUCGGUGAAGAGUAUAUAUCAGAGGAUAUAUUAGUUCAGGAUAUUAUAUACUCGUUUCAAGGCAUUGAAGGAAAAAUAUUAAAAUUAGAUUCGAAUUAUGGUUUCCAAAUAGAUCCAAUGUUAAAUAUUGACAGAUCUCGGAAACAAUCCACGUUGAGAUUGAGCGAACUCGGCUAUUUACACAAUAUAGUACAAAAAGGUUUGGAAAGAAUAUCAGCUGCUUCGAGUGGUCAAGUAGCUGACAGUUUCGUUGCUGCGAUGCAUUCCAAGUUAUCCGAAUAUUACCGAUUCAUAGCUACUAUUCAAGAGGAAGUAAAUAGAGCGGAUUUGCAAUCAGGAUUAUACAAAGUUACUUUAUCACAUUUGCACCUUUGGGCAUACGAACCUUUAGAAACUUUAAAAUGGUUGGCAAGUAUAGUGAGAACUUGUCAAGGUCAAAAGGGUGGCGCUCUUGCGUCUGCUGUAUACGAAUUCAGCAAUUACGGAGAUGCAGAUGUUAAAAAGUUGGUGAAAGAAAUCUUGGAAAGUGUCUGCGAUCCUUUAUACAGUAUGUUAAUAAAGUGGAUCGCUAACGGAGAAUUAGAUGAUCCAUACAGGGAAUUCUUUAUUGAAACUUGCGCCGAUAUUACCGGAGAAAGAAUGUGGCACGAAAAAUAUCAAGUUCGUAGUAGCAUGCUUCCAUCUUUUAUUACAAAAACGCAGGCUAAAAAGAUUUUGGGUACAGGGAAGAGUAUUAAUUUUUUACGCGAAGUCUGUAAAGAUAUUACACCGUGGCAAGGGAAACACACGAAUGUGUUUAAAAAUUUUACUGAGGAAUAUAAAGUUGAUGUUCUGUUCGAUAUGGAUCCUGACGGUCGAUUACAAAAUAUGAUGGACGCGGCUUAUAAAGCAACGUCAACCAGAGUAGUUGAAGUAUUAACAAAGCAAUACCAUUUUAUGGAUCAUUUACAUGCUAUUAAAGGUUAUCUUUUACUAGGACAAGGACAUUUUAUUCAACAUCUCAUGCAUUUGUUAGAGUUAGAAUUAGAUAAACCUGCCAGUUCAUUAUAUCCGCAUAAUAUAUCUUCCAUCUUGGAAACGGGAAUAAGAGCAACUAGUGCGAAAAUAGACGACUUGGAUCUACAUGGGAGACUCGAUGUAAGAUUGUUAGCGCCGUCAGAAAAUGAAACUGGCUGGGAUGUUUUUAUUCUUGAUUAUAAUGUAGGCGGACCCAUUGGAACGAUCCUGGAACCUUAUAGAGAAGUGUAUCAAACUAUAUUCUUUGCAUUGUGGAGAGCUAAACGAAUGGAAUCUAUAUUGUGCGCAAUUUGGAAGCGUCAAAUAACUUCGGCAAAAAUGUUUCGUAAAAUGCCGGAAGUUUCAACAAUUCAGACUCAUAUACAUUUAAUUACGAGUAGUAUGGUUCAUUUGGUUCACCAAAUGCAAUAUUUCUUCUUAUUUGAGGUCAUCGAAUGUUCCUGGGAUGCAUUUGCGAAACAGCUUGUGCAAGCAGUUUCACUAGAUGAUAUAAUUGCUGCCCACGCUUAUUUCAUAGACACAAUAAGACGCGGUACUUUUCUCGAUGAAAAAUCUCAAGAGCUGAUGGACCAUUUACGUUCAGUGUAUGGUCCAAUUUUAGACUUACAGAAUCUCGAAGAAACAUUUCUGAAAACCGCUACACGCGAAUACAAAGCGAGAUUAAACGAAAGCGUUUCGUUGGACGCUGCAUAUUCAGGGGCAGAUCGAUUACAACCGAUAGAUGAAAAUGAUGCAGAAGUAACUAAACGUCAAGCUGCCUUUCUAAAAUAUUUAAAUACCCUUUUCAUUCAACUUAGAUUACUUUCAAGGACAUAUCAGGAUAGAGUAAAGAAAUUUCUCAUAAUGCUCGCAUCUGCUGAAGAUGUUUCCUUACAGUUGUUAAGCGUGCGAUUAGAUUUUAAUGAGUAUUAUAAAAGUAAAGAUAAUCGUCUUGUUGCACCACUAACAUAUCUACACCGAAGAUAAAAUCACCUAAUUGUUUUCAAUUGAAUCUAUCAAUUAUCAAUAAAAUUGAUCUUUUCUUCUCCGAUGAAUCCAGAUUGUAGGGCGCAAAAUAUCUUGGAUUGUUAAUUAUUUAAUAUUAAUUAUUUAUAUUAAUUUCUCGAUAUAUUUAUACAAAUAAUCAAUACAAUAUUGUAUAUUG